GAUGAGGCAGGAAAAUAUACAUGUAGGACAAGAGUUACUAAAAUAAAACAGAGAAUUUCUAUUCAAAAUGAACUGCUCAAUUUUCCAUAUUAAGGUACACGUUUUGUUAAUUCACUUUGCAAUAUAUUCUAAGGCUAAUACCAUAACGCGUACCUACAUUCUAAAAACUGGAAAAAUGAUACUGAACGAUGAAAUAAAUGUUCAAAAAAGUAUUCACGUCGUUACGAAUACCCUAAUGGAAUGCGUGCGAAUGUGCUCACAACCUGACUGUAAAGCAGUCAACUACAACGAGGCUGAGAGGGCAUGUGAAACAAUGGGAUUCGAUGAAUAUUACAAAAUGUCUAGAACAGUGGGGAAAGAUGAAAAGUGGGCACAUGCUGUCAAGAAUGAAUGCCCGGGGGAAUCAUUCAAAGGUUUAUACCCAGGGUCCUGCUACUUUGUGAGUAAUACAAACAUUAUGAACUGGACAGCAGCGAGAGAGAAUUGUCAAGCCAUGGGCUCCGAUCUAGCUGUACUUGAUAGUAUGGAUGAACUGAAUACUCUGCGCAGAGUAUUUCCGAAUGGAACCAGAUCAUAUUGGCUCGGGGCAACAGAUGCUGUUAAAGAAGGGUCCUGGAGGUGGAUAGGUAUCAACACAACUAUAAGCGAUGACUUUCCUGCAUGGACGAAUGGUAGUAGACAAGCGACCGAUACCAAUGAAAAGAAUUGUUUGGUUGCAUGGCCCUAUAUAGCAAAUGAAUUUCAUGUGAAGGCCGAGGAUUGUUCAUUUGAACAGGGAUUUCUAUGCGAAUCUCCUGUGUACUGAUACAAGUUGAUACAAAUUCCGCAUGUGAAAAAACAUUCUCUGAGGUUUUAUUUUAUACUAUAUUGCAUAUUUGAAAGUUCUCUCCCAUUCCAUGCAAAUCCC